AUGUCACAGGCUAGAUCGAAAACCGCGCCCAGAGCGCUGGUUCCUGUGGCGGCGGGAGAUGGUGCUGUGCACACACCUCUCCUCGUGCGAGAUGAGCAGGGGGAUGUGCUGGAGCGCCUCGAUGUCGUGCUGAGAAACAUUGCAGAGCUCAGGAAAGAAGUGGAGGAGCUCCGAAACAGCCUGCAGCACUUGGCUGUGGAAAUCGUUGGUGAAGUCAGGUCCCAUCUGGAAGAAACCCAGAAGGUAACUCGCCGGAGGCGGUUCCCGUUUCCUAGAGAAAGAAGUGAUUCCACAGGCUCCAGUUCAAUUUAUUUCACAGCCAGCUCAGGAGCAGCUAAUACGGAUGAUGGUGAAAGUGAAGGAGGGUACACCACAGCCAAUGCUGAGUCUGAUUACGACCGGGAGUCCGAGAGAGAGAGCGAAGAAGGGGAGGAUGAAGUGAGCUGUGAAACAGUGAGAACUGUGCGGCGGGAUUCCCUGGAUCUCGUCACCGAGGAUGAAACACAUUUAAUGUUAGAUUCCUCACUGGAGGAAGGACUGGGUCAGCUACUGCAGCAGGCUGACCGCUUGCACGACGGAGAUGAGCAGGAGAAGAGAGAGGGAUUCCAGCUGCUGCUGAAUAAUAAACUGGCGUAUGCGGACCAGAAAGACUUUCUUUGGCGCCUGGCCCGAGCACACAGUGAUAUGUGUGACAUCACGGAAGAUGCAGAUGAGAAGCGAUCGUACGCGUCUGACGGGAAAGAAGAGAUAGAAGUUGCCUUACAGAAGUGGGAUCGAAGCGCUGAGUGCCAUCAGUGGUUCGCUGUUCUUUGUGGGCAGUUAGCGGAACAUGAGAGUAUUCAGAAGCGCAUUCAAGCUGGAUAUGUUUUUAAGGAACACAUUGAUAAAGCGAUUGAACUGAAACCAGAGGAUCCAAAGUCUUACUAUCUUCUGGGCAGAUGGUGUUACCAGGUUGCCCACCUGGGAUGGCUUGAAAAGAAGACUGCUGCUGCUUUGUUUGAAGCCCCUCCUACAGCCACUGUCCAGGAUGCACUGCAAAACUUCUUACGGGUUGAGGAACUGAGCCCAGGAUUUUCCAAAGCAGGCAGAGUAUACAUUGCCAAGUGUUACAGGGACAUGGGGAACAACACCGCAGCUGUUCUCUGGAUGAACCUUGCUUCAGAGCUGCCAGCUAAUACAAAAGAGGAUGCAGAAAGCGAGAGAGAACUGGAAGAGCUGCGGGCGGUCUGGGAAGAGUAAAUCUGUAAAGGCUCAUUGCACUUGGUGCUGCACGGACAGUGGAAUUCCCGUCAGAGGGGUUUUGUGAUCCUGACAACUUCGAUUGCACUUCAUGGAUAAGCCACAAGAGUUUACAGGAAAAAACACGCAGCAGUCUGAUCAGCAUGCCUAGGAAAAAACCUUGGUGGGAUUUAAUCGGAUAAAAUUUUGUAUUGUUUUUCUUCUUACAGCACUGCAUACGUUUUGAUUUUAAAAUUCCUUAAAAAAUCAAAUUCUUAAAAACGGAGCGGGGGAGGCUGUAUAGGUAGAAUUUGUGGUAUGAAAAUAUUUGUGAUUAUGUAUAUAUCGGAAAGGUGUGUGAGAUAUACUUUGUGAUAUAAAAUAUAUACAUAUUUAUUUAUACACAUAUAUUUUACAUCACAUCAUCCUCUACCUAUCUGACAACUUGAACUUCAGGCCUGCUUGAUGGUGAGCUCUCUCAACUGAUUCCUGAGGAAGUCUUCAGCCAAAAGCUUUUUCAGAUUAACUCUCUUUUCCGUAGUGAUCCGCAUUAACUGAGUAACUGGUGCCAUGCCUUUCGUCGGGGGUCACGUGCGGUGACGCUCGGAGCCGCCGGGCUCGGUGGGCAGCUGCUUUCUGCCAGUGCACUGUGUGGGAGGCAGCGGGAUGUUCUCACUCCCUCAGCCCCUUGGCUCAAAUGGGCGCUGAAUCUGUGACUUACACUUGCAGAACAAGAAGACAGCAAUGACUUUGCGUGAGUUCUCAGCCCUUUCUUCCUUGCUGUGAACAAAUGGGUGCUGGUGUCCAGAACACACUUGUUGGCCCUUUCCCACUCUGCCUAAACUCCCCUUGAGGGAAGCCAGCACUGCUCACUGUAGGGAGUUAUUACCAGGGGACCAAUGAGAUUUUCUUCACAAUACAAACUCUAUUUUUUAAGAGGUGCAUUGAUUUUUGUCAGAGAAGUGAGUACUAAGAUUUUAACCUUUAGGACUUCCUCCCAGUGAUGUUACUCGCUUCACUCACACGAGAUUGAAAACUUCCUGUGUCCCUCUAAACUAUGCUGCUGUGGUUUAGAUGAGAUAAUUUAGUUUGAAAAGUAGUUCUUUAUCAGUGGAACACUGGUUACAGGAACAGGAAUAUUCUGUGGCAAAGCUUGACGCUUCCCUGUAACGUUCUUCUACCAGUUCUCCUUGACUUGUUAGGUGACACUGAGAAGGUGAGGCUGACGACAGACGUUUCCCCUGACAGCUCCUGGGCACCAAGCAGAAAGUAAACUCUGCUGUGCACUGACACCAAUGGGGAAGCAAAAACUAUGUGCAAAAAUUUCUCCAAAUAUUUAAUAAGGCUUUCUUGACAGCCCUUCAAAUUUCCCCUGGCAUCUAGCUGGACGCUUAGUUCUUAAUGUUUGUUACGUCUUGCCAUGUCGUAUAGUGUUUGUGAAGUGUAAAGUAGAAAAGUGCGAGAGUGAAACAUUUCUUAAUCGCCUUCUUAGUCCCUUGCACGUGUGUAUUAAACUGAUGGGGUUUUUUAUUUCGUGAAAAUGACACUGAAGGGGAAAUGUAUAGCAAACUCAAGUUUAAAAACUUCCCAUUUUAUAGAUUUGGCACUUUUUAGCUUUCUUUCUGUUUGUCCAAAUUAAACUCUAAAAUUUUGGUGCUAAGCUCAUCUCAUGAGAUCCAGGCAAGUGUGCAAUUAGCUUUAUGAUAAAAAUUGAUACUUCAUAAAUGGACAGCUGAAUCCUGACAGGCUGAAGUUGAUCCCUAUGGUUUUUUUGUACAGAUCUCCCCCCAUGAUAAGUGGGCACUUGAGCUGUAAUUGCGGGGAAAUUUUUUAUAUUUGAUCAGUGUGUGCUUUUCUUUGAGUUCUUCAGUGGAAUGGUGAAACUGCCUUUUUUACUUAGUGUGAAUCUGUCUUGUUUCAAAUAUUUCCAGUCGAUGACCAGGUUGGUUUUUUUCUUCUAAACAUCUGAUCUUUAAAUAUUUGCACAAGUCUGUCUUUUUUUUUUUUGAUUGCUUAAGCCAAGCUGGGAAAUCCACAAUAGGAAUAUCCAAAAGAUAUUGAUCAUCAAUGUGAUCCUUCUCUUGCAGGGUAUUUUUCUGGAGAGAAAUGAUAAUAGCUCUCAAAACAAGUCGUGUAGUUAGCUGUCCUUGUGUUGUCUUUCCCUGCCAGCAAGUCCCAGAGUGAUAUUAACCAGUAGCGUUUGCUGUUCUGUGUGUUGUUUGAAGGUUGCUGCCUUCCACAAGUAAAUGAUCGCAGUGUAGGUAAUUGGGAGAGUGCAAAAAGGUAAUAUUUAUGCUACUGAGAGUCUGUAGCUUUACUUAUUUGCAGAUGCCUUCAAGCCUUCACCUGUUGUUUAACUUGUCAAAACAUAAACUGUUUAACAUAAACUGUCUUUGGAUUAUGUAUUUUCCAGAGACAACUUUCACUCUGUGUUUCCACAGAUUUAAAUUCUCCUUUGAUUUUUGGGGGGGUUUGUCUGUUUCAAAACAACAAGGGGCUCUAAGUGUGACAAAAACCUGUGGAUUCGCUGUUCCGUUCAUCUGCUGCUUGGGAUCCUGUGCUGGGCUUGAUUCGAGUGCUUCAUCCCAUUUACGUUCGUUAAGUCUGUAAGAGGGGGCUGCAUGAGGAAAGCAUUUUGUUAAUUUGUUAAUUGCCAAGGUGCCGUAUUGGUUGGCAGCACCUCUCCAGACAAGCAGUCUCUGUUGUCAUGAAAGAGUGCUGUAAAAACACAGCUUUGGGUUACAGACUAAACAGCCUGUUCGGAAACUGAUACCUAAAAUCUUGUUUUUCUUACCGAUAGAAGCUGAAGUCAUUUUCUUCUGGGGGCAGAAGGCAUCUGGUGCAGCCGAGUGGGGCAUGUUGGGUUGUGAGCAGAACCUUUUCUGUCUGAGUAAAAAUAACCUGCCUCCCUCGAGGAAGAGGUGGUCAUUAAUGCGUGGUGAUUCUUCUUAUCUGGCGUUCAUUCUCAGAUGGUUUCACACGGGUACAACCUUUCCACUCUUUUUUUUAUUCUAUUUCGGACCUCCGGUCAGUGCUUUAAGCUUUCUGCACAUUUGAUUGCCUGCUUCGCUUCUGUGGUUUUUUAAAAAAUAGACUUUCAUUUUGGCUUAAAGAGCAGGGUCUGGCAUUUCACUCCCGCAUAUCCUUUGUGUGUGUGGCCUUGUCCCUUUCUUGGGGGAUCUGGAGCAGGGAGCUCUUUUCCUCUGGUUUUGGUACAGGAGGGCUUUCCCCCAGCGGCCUGCUCCCGCCGGCAGAGCUGGGGUGAGGGCUGUGUCUGGCGUCUUGUUUUUUCUCCUCUGCUGUAUCUGCUGGAAUCCAAUUAAUGUGUCUCUAAGACGAGAAUGAAAGGUGAUGACAGAACUUUCAGAUCCUUUCAAGUGCAGAUAAAAGCUGUAUUUUGCCAUUUUCAGUCUGAUCUCCAGGAAGUUAUGACAUAACGAUCAGAAGAGCCUUUUUUGUUUUGGUUUUCCCUUUUCUUGGCUUGUUGUGAAUAGGAAGAAUGUGACUAACAUAAUUCAAUUCUAACAGCCUAGCUUGCAGGUUGAUGUGGAGAUAAGGCAAGGCUCUGGAACUAAAACACUUCCCAAUGGCCAAUCCUUGGCUUUUUUUUUUUUUUUUUCUCUUUAGCAGUAAAAUGUGCAGUCAGUCUCCUCUUAGGCUUUUGGCAUGCCGUGUGCUGGGGAGGGGAAGCCGUUCCUGUUCGCAAGGGGAGGGUGAACCUCAGUAGCUUUCAGACAACGUGGAAAUUGAGACUCUUUAAAACUUGCACAUAUUUUGUGGACCAGUCCCAGAGUACAGUGGGAAUUUCUCUGCACUCUACACAUCCCAAGACCAGAAGAAAUUAACCUACCUUUUGGUAGAGAGACUCCAUCCUGCUCCUAUCCAGAUAGGUUCUUCUGGACUUACCCCAGGGUGACAAAGAAUAAUUUCCUGGAGCUACUCUUGUCUUAACUUUAAAACGUACCUACCUGUGGUUAAAUUAUGAUACUAAAGAAUAAGUGAAGCUUUUAACUGUUUCCUCACUGUGCUGUUCUGUUGGAAAUAGAGUAUUUCUAAACAAGAAGGGGAUCCUGCUUAAAGGUACCUGUGCUGCUCUCUUGCUUUUUAUGCCAAUACAUGUCUGGGUGAGGAAACCCAGUGGCUGGGUGGAGGUUGUCUACGUAAUGUCCUUGCACUCGUGCGCAUGGUGGCUGUGCUGAGGGCGAUAGGAAAUGAUGGGAAAGUGAUGUUCAACAUUAUCGUUUAUAUAUUACUGUUUAUAUAAAUUAUAAUGUGGGUUACACCUGUAGCAGAUUUUGUAUGUCAAUACAACUACAGCUUAACGUUUUUAAAGUGCACCAAAGUCCUAGGGCCACGCUUCGUGGCAAACGUUGUACUCCACAUGAAGUUGUUUUUAAAUAAAGGUGGAUAAUUAGUUGUGA